AUGAAAUUGAGACGCUCGUCUCGCAACAAACCCGCGGGGAAAGCGUUGGCCCUUUCAUCGCCUGCCAAGAUCCCGAACAAACGUGCCAAAAAGAUUGCGAAAGGUGCGAACAGCUCCAACUUAAGGGCCAUACUACCUCAAAGACCUCAAUUCAACCCGCGGGACCACAAGGACCAAGAUUUUGGAGCCCCGUCUGUAGAUUAUGAAGCUGUGCGAUCGUGUGACGAAAAGGUUGCACGCAUAGUGCAAGACAAGAAAAGACCGCAGGAUGAAUCCGUUCAUAAACUGGCUCACCAGUUCCACCAGUUUGCCACGGCUGUUGGUACGCUGCAAUUGCGUGACACGUCGGUCACCAACGCAUGUUUAUUGGAACGCAUCCAAGAGGAGUUGAACUCUGCCGAGUUGAAGUCCUCGGCGAGUCAGGGAGAUCUGGCAUUUGCCAGGGUUCUCACAGGCGGAAGUUUGAGCGAGGAACAGAACCUCCAAUUCGUGGCCAAGUGGCACCGCAUCGACACGCAGGACGUGGCUGAUAUCACUUUUUUGCCGGAAAGAACGAAGACGAGGACCGACCGCAACGCCCAGCAUCGGCUAGAACUUCAAUAUGUCAACAAGAGAAUCGGCAAGAUGCUGUUUCAAGAGCGCGACAAUUCUCUUGGGUGGCCCGAGAAGAAAAGAAAACCGUUGCCCUCUUCGUCGGUUGACAGUGACGACUCGUUUGCCAAUGUAGCACUCCUAUGGUGA